UGCGAGAAACAGCAGUAGUGUGCACAAGUGUGCGUCAUUGUGCUACAUGCACGCGACGGAGUUUCCACAUGUUUUUUUUACGCACGCGAACGUCAGGAUUUAGCUGACGAAAGGAGUGAUCCUUAGUGCGGCAGGCACGUACGUGUGCACGCAAUUGACGAGAACGUUUACAGGUAACGCUGCAAGAUGAGUAAGAAACGGAACAGACAGCCAGACGCGAAUCCGGAUGUCAGUGAAGCCUCCACCGAGUCCUGCGAGGAAACGAGCACAGCAGGUGUAAAAUGUCAGCAUAUAGUAAAAGCCAUCAACCUGAACAAAGUGAAGAAGAACCUAAAGAAAGCUAGCAUAGUGAGCGAGUGUUCUAUGUGCAAGAAACUGGAAGUGGAUUCUAAAGAUACAGAGGAGACAUACACCGUCUCCAGACCGCUGUGGAUCUGUCUUCAAUGCGGCGAACAAGGUUGCGGCAAGGAGCAGGAACAGCAUGCCUUGGAGCAUUAUAGGAAACCUCACAGCGACAGCCAUUGCAUGGUGACGGACACUCAUCAUUGGAAUGUUUGGUGUUACCAGUGCGAAGCUGAAGUUCACCCUAGUAGCAGGAAGAAGUUGUUGGAGACUGUGGAGUUCAUCAAGAAGUGUGUCACUAUGCCGCAAGUACCUCAGCAGUCGAAAACGCCAGCGACUCAGUGCCAAAAAGAGAUCGUAGUUGAUGUACAAGAGAAAGAGAAGCAUAAAAUGUUAAACAAUCUUCCCAAAGUUGGUGGUUUAGCCAACUUAGGAAAUACUUGUUUCUUCAACGCCGUACUCCAGUGUCUAGCGCAGACCCCUUAUCUGGUAAAGGUGUUGGACGAUUUGCGUUUGCCUGGGCAAAAGUUCGUCUUGCCAGGUGGAAAACACAAGCCUGUCAAUGCCGAAGAGGAAGUAGAACUGCCGCCAAUCGAAGGUACCUUAGAACGAUGGGGCAGUUUCACAUCGAUCCUGUGUGAGACUCUAUCAAAGAUGCAGAACACCAAUGGUCAUCAGACGUACACGCCUUUGAAUCUUCUUUGCAAACUCAGGAAAAAGACUACGCAGUGCGUGGAUGGAGGUCAGCACGACUCGCACGAGUUUCUUCGUCAUUUGCUGGAAAUCGUGCGCAAUGAGGAUCUUCGAAGAUAUCAGAGCAUAAUUCUAAAGGAAGUCGGUCUAAGCGAGAAAACCAAGCCAGACUGCGUCGAGACGGGUUUGAAAUCUCGCGUUAAAUUCUAUGGUAAUCAAGCCAGCACGCGAUUGCUUGGGCCAGAAGCGGUAUUCCGCGGAGUGUUAGUGUCGACUCUAGAGUGUCUGGACUGCCAUCAUUCGUCGCAACGUACGGAACCGUUUCUGGAUUUGAGUCUGCCCGUCACGGCGGAUAAACCGCAACCUCCGCUCUUAAAAAGGAAGAAUAAUGAGUUCGAGGAUACCUUUGACAUGAUGAACAUUCAGCAACGCGAUUAUCAAGCCACCGAUAUACCGUGGAAGCAACUGAAGAAGGAGAAGAAGGCAGCCAGAAAGAACCGAAAGAACAAAAAGCACGAGGAUUAUAGCAACUCGAAUUCUGCAUUAACGGAAUCGAAUAAUCCUACGGUAGAAAAUAACGACAACGUUCUGAAGUCAGAAGAAAGCGAUGCCGACGUGGAAGACAACAUUGAGGUGGACAACUCUCAUCCGGAAGUCGGGGAGUCUGGUUACAGCUCGGAAAAAGCUUCCGCCGUUGCCAGUCCGAUCUCUCCCGCCGAUCACCUUCACCUUCAACCGAGCAAUGAUCUUAACAAUGACGUCGCUAACACAGCCAGUCUGGAGGACGGUAAUCCGGACAGCAAUCUGGACCCAGCACAAGUUAGACACCCAGCGAGCAUUAACACCUUAACUAGUCCUAGUCCAACUGACGUGUCGAUGACGGACUUGACUCAAAUCAGGAUGCCGUCCGAGAAGACUGACAGGAACGUUGGCGCAGCCAGCUCCGAGAACGAAGCGUCAGCCGCCGCGGCGUUGUCCACCUCCAUGAUCGUCAACUCCGACAUUACGAACUCCGAGGUGUCCACUGCGAGUUUGAGCAGCUCGGCCGCCUCCAAGGAGAGCCCCGUUAGCCCCGUGAACGGUGAUGAAACUGGGGAAAGAUUGGACGGUGUCGAGGCAUGGAUGACGACCGCUCUGUCCAAGUGUAACAGAAGGAAGUACAAUAACGGCACUUCCAACGGGGACGAUCCUGAGGAGCAGGAUCUGUGCAAUGAAGUUGGCGAUAUAAUGGCUGGAAUGUCCCGACUAGGGAUCGCCGGACACCAGUCACCCAGCCGUUACGCAACCAAGGAGGGCGAGUGUUCGGUGGAAUCGUGCUUAAAUCAAUUUACCGCGCUAGAACUUAUGACGGGAAGCAACAAAGUCGUGUGCGAAGCGUGCACAGCUCGCGAGAAAAAGACUCAGCAGAGCUCGUCGAAGAUGGUGUGUACAUCGAGCACCAAACAGUACCUUAUCUCCGAGGUACCUCCAGUGUUAAUACUGCAUCUCAAGAGGUUCCAAACACAGAGAGUCGGCUUCCGUAAGGUUCUCAAGCAUGUAUCGUUCCCAAUGUUGUUGGAUUUGGCGCCGAUCUGCAAGGGCCACAAGAAGCCUCGAGUUUAUGCGCUCUACGGAGUUGUUGAACACAGUGGGACUGUUCAUGGUGGUCACUAUGUUGCUUAUGUUAAGACGAGACUGCCGUUAUCGCCAGAUGAUCCGCGCUGGAAUUUCCUUCCCAAAGAUAAGAAUCCGAAAACGGGCGAGGAAUCGAGUAGCUCGAGCUCGGAUACGGAGGGAGAGGAAGCGUCAACGAAAGCUACGUCCGUUGUAGAACCACCACCAGGAAGAUGGUAUUAUGUGUCGGAUUCUCGAGUAUCGGAAGUAGAUGAGAACACAGUGCUGCAGAGUCAAGCAUAUCUCUUAUUCUACGAGAGAAUUCUCUGAUUCCUCAGAGGAAGCGAAGCGAAACAGACUCGAAAAUUAUGAGAAUCGCGUUCGUUCACUUUCGAUUUCGAGAACGAAAGAAAUAAAACGAACUUUUAAUCAGGUUCUUCAUGCAAUGUUUAGUAUAUCAUAUCGCGCGUUAUCAAAUGUACGAUCAGAUGUAACUAGUAUGAUAUACUUGAUUAUAUGUACAUUCACAAGAACGUUGCAAUCUAUUAGAGAUAUCGCAAAUUGAACUGUUUCUUACGGUCAGGCAGUGACAAAACCGCGAGUGAAGGGUCUCCCUUUUUUUUAGUAAUUUUUGUAAAAGGAAAUAGUUUGUGUGUGUAAAAUCUGAAUUUUCAGAUUUAUCGAAGUUUUGCGAAAUUUUGAGCAUCGAAAGCGAAACCGAGGUUACUUUGCGACAUUUUCUUCUUUUUUAAUCGAAUAACAUAUUGGCAAGAACGAAAUUGUCCUGACUUUAAUGGGUCUGCUUGAAAGAAACUGUAAAAAAAUUAACAUGUUUGAUAAAAAUGGAAAGAAUAAAUGUAUAAUAAAAAGCGUACUUCUAUCACAAAGUAAUUUUGGUUCGUAGCGUGUUAUUUUCUUGCAAUCAAUUUAUGAUAUGGAAUGUGAAAUGCUCGUAACAAUAGGACACUUAUAAGUUAUAUAUUAUUAUAUUUUACGUAUAUAUCAUUUUAUGUGCAAGUUGAGGUUGAGAGAGCUCGAAGCCUUGUAAGGCGCGAUAGGCGUAAUUUAUAAAUUGGAGCGAAUAUUUGAUAUUGAUGAAACGCCACGAGAAGAGAAUUCUUUCAAUAGCGUACUUCGACUAUGAUAAAUACUAGAUGAUCAUGUUCGACGUUGAAAACAACUUAUCAUGAUUACAAUUGUUUUAUGAUUAUUUGUAAUAUUUUACGUGCAUUUUUUAAAGAGAAUAUAUUUACGUUGCGUUACGUAUUCAUAGAAAUAUGAAAAAAACCCACAAUGGUCGUUGGUAUUAAACAAUUAUUUGUAUGCGAACUGUGAUAUUAGUGUUUACUGUAUUCAAAAUAUGCUAUUACGAAGGAAAUCUCUGCUGUGCGUGUGUUAUGAUCAAACGAGCCAAAAGAGAAACCACCUCCAUUGCGUUCUUAACGUAACGUAACGAUGUACACGUGAUUGCAUUUAUAAUAAACUUAUUGCGAU